UCUCUCUCUCUCUCUCUGUCAGAGCCUACUUCUGUGGUAUACAAACUAGACAGAGACAGUUUGUGUGUGUGCGUUUAUGAGCUGUUUUCAAGCAGAUUACAUGCUGAUAUAAAAUGGUAACUUUGAAAAUUUCAGAUCUUGAUAUUGGAUGGAAUAAUGAAAGCUAUGAUUACGAUAAUGACACCGAUUGUUGUGGAAAGGUGUGUGAUCAACACACAAGUAUGCUUUUUGAAGCCAUCUUCAUCCCCAUUCUGUACUCUAUUGCGUUUGUGCUGGGGCUGAUGGGCAAUGGCCUGGUGCUGGUUGUGCUGUGCCAGAAGAGGCGGACAUGGAGUGUGACAGACGUCUUUGUGCUACAUCUGAGCGUGGCUGACAUGCUGUUACUCCUCACCUUGCCACUCUGGGCAGUUGAUGCAGUGAGUGGAUGGAGUUUCGGCACUGGUUUCUGCAAGCUCUCUGGAGCACUGUUUAAGAUCAACUUCUACUGUGGUAUCUUCCUGCUGGCCUGCAUCAGCCUCGAUCGAUAUUUUUCUGUAGUUCACGCAGUGCAGAUGUACUCACGCACAAAACCAUUGCUGGUGCAGCUCAGCUGCCUGGCUGUUUGGUUCUUCUGUCUUCUUCUCUCUAUCCCUGACUGGAUGCACCUGAAGGCUGAAAACGACCCUAGACGAGGUAAUAAAUUUGAGUGUACUCACUUUUACCCAUCUUCAACAUGGCGUGUGGCGUCACGUGGGCUCUACCAUGUGUUGGGCUUUUUGCUUCCUGCCAUUGUUCUGCUCUACUGUUACUCUCGUGUUCUGCUGCGGCUGCAGCUUGGAUCUCAGGGUGUGCAGAAGCAAAGAGCUGUACGAGUCGUUCUUGCCUUAGUGAUGGCAUUUUUCAUCACCUGGACACCCUACAACAUCACCCUGCUGGUGGACACUGUCUACACCAACCAAAGCAUCAACAAUAGCAUAGCCUGUGAGACCACCACAGCACUGGACAUUGCCAUAACUGCCACCUCCACUCUGGGCUACAUGCACUGCUGUGUGAACCCGGUGCUCUAUGCAUUUGUUGGAGUGAAGUUUAGGCGCCAUCUUCUGGACUUGAUAAAGCCGUUCAGAUACAGGCUGCAGACCCGCAUGGACACAGUGUCUCGCAAGAGCUCUGUGUGGUCUGCAGACACAUCACAAACCUCAGCUUUCUGAUGGAGCAAUACACACUCUCCUGAAGCCAAUUUGGAUUCAUGCAUCUAGAGGUUUGAACACCACAAAAUAUUGAGAAGAAAUAUUAGCUGAAUAUUCUCCGAAAAGUAGGGUCCAAAAGUCUUGAGUCUGCUACCCAGGAAAAGUUUUUAGUAUUCAAACCUAAAACUUUGUUGUGAAAUUAUUUUCUUCAAACAAGAUUACAUUGUUCUAUAUUACGUAAAUCAGAAGAGUUAACUAAAAACUAACAAUAACAAUAACAAACUAGUAAACACCCAUACUAAUUGAGUUUUAUGAUCAGUUAACAGUGUGUCUGAAUUGGACGUGUUAUCAUUUGAAUGAAGCACACAAGAAUUUUAAUAACUGAAACAUAUGAUGUGUGAACAGAGCAAUUUUAUGAGAACUUAUCAAACAACAGAAAACAAGUUUUAAAUAAUGUAUUCAAGAAUACUAAGAGUUUUUGAUCAAUGUCAGAUCAUAUGUUAGUGACUGACUGAUCUUAUUAAAGUUUUAAUCAUAGAUGAAAUAAUCAAUUUUAAAUAACCAAUGCACUCUGGCUCAGUGCUGGUCUAGCAAAUCAUAUACUGUUUAAUCUAGAUUCGAUUAUUUUGGAUGGUUGGACCGAAAGGUCUUCUGAUUGACUGCAAAAAUGUAAAGGCUCCUUAGACAACUAAAUAUUUGUAGACUAGGCUAGGUGUACCAUGGUUUCUCUUCUUUUUUCUCAUUUAUUUCUUGUGUCAGUAUUGUAUUUGCUGAGAAAGUAGACAAAUUAGUUUCAAAUUAGUCAGAAAGACUGUUUGGUAAAAGGGGAGUAUUGUACAAACUAACAGCGUUUUGCAUGAGCACGACUAAUUUCAGUACAACAGGAAAUUCAAAAAUGAACUAUCUGCAGUCCUUGACGAAAUGGCAGACUGAAUGGCGACACUGCAGAAGAAAAAAGGGUUGUACUUGAUCCGUCGUUGCUGUAAGGAGGAACGGAGCAUCUUUAAUGUUAUCAGAAACAUUACAAAAGAUUGAGUCAAUCCAGUUCUGCUUAAUGUGCAUAUUUAGCAGAUGCUAGAUCAGGAAGUCCAUCAUUUAGUAAUGCAAUAUUUCUGCAUAGACAUGCAUCACAAUAUUUUUUGCAUAAGCUCAUGAGCAACUGAUUUGACAAGAAUCAGAUGCUACAUGUAUCAGAACUUCAUGUAAAUAUUUUUUUUUAAAGUACGACUAAAUCUAUUUCCUUUGCUUAUGGAUAUGUGUGUAUUUUCUAUCAGACAUCUCACUUGUAAUAAAACACAUUUACUGACAAUAGUUUAAUCUUUUCAAAACAGACCAGAUUAGUUGGGUAAUCUUGUAAAAUGCUACCAAUUUCAAUUCUCUGUCCCCGCUGCAUCAUUUCGCACUUCCAACAAAGCUGUAGAAAGCAGUUUGUCUUAUCGAUAUUUGGUAUAAAUAUGGGCAAAUAUUGCAGCUAGGCCUACUCGUAGUGAUGCGGUAAAACUCAGCCCCAAAAUCACACUGGCUGAUUUUAUAAGAGCGUUUCUAUACUAGGCUAUUUUCUUAGAAUUAAAUAGACUAGGUCUGUAACUCUGAUGUGUCUGGUAUGUUUUUUUUUUUUAAUUAUGAACUAUAAUUGUAUUUUAUAGUUAUUUUUGGUGGUUUCAGAUAUUGUCAAUUAAGCAAAAAUAAAUAAACACAGAAACGUGA